GCUUCUUGUCCCUCUCCCACACACCCGACAUGCCGCACACUUGCUUCGAGGUCUAAGCAUUGAACAUUGCAAAUCAGCAAGCUUCGAAUUGAUUGGCAAUUGAGAAACAAAGACAAAGCCAUCACUUCGAAAUUGGACGUUCAAUCGGUCGCAUGUCGACAUGACGCACAGCGACGACAGCUCGGACGGGGAAAUCCCCGUGCCCAUGAAGUUGAGCGCCUACACCAAGGCAUUACUCAACGGAAGCGGCGACCGCGGCUCUUCUCUCGCAGCAAACGGCAAACCUCCCCGCCUCCCUUCUCCAGAAUCUCCAAUCGUCCCACAGCCGCGAACACGGCGCGGCAGCCGCGGUUCGAUUGCGGCCGCUUCUCAGCAGACGGCCUCGUCUCGCACCACCCGUAGCAGCACCCGGGUUUCGACAACCGCCUCUCAUCAGCCAACGACGCGCAGCGGCAGGACAUAUGGUGUCUCUGCCUCUGGCACGAAGCAUGAGAGCAGCAGUCACAGCAUCAGCGUCACCCGCACCAAACGGGACACCGGCAAGGACCUGCCCUCGUCACGGGCACCCUCUCCUCUUAACCCAGCUUCUGCCAGCAAGAGCACGAGCGCCAAUGGCAUUGCCGUCAUCACCCGCACCAGACGCGACACAAAUAAGGACUUGUCGUCAUUGCGGUCACAAUCUCUGGUUAAUUUAAGCUCUAGCAAUCACAAAUCCAGUACCAGCAGCAGCAGCAGCAAUGCAGUCGCAAGACCUCAACACGAUGCAAACGAGGGCCUGCCGUCAUCCCGACCGCCAUCUCCAAUUCAUCCAGCUCUUCAUUCGCCGUCUGGAUUCGCUUCGCAACCUCGACAGUCCUCUCAAGGCAGUGGCCAGGAGGCCCCGUCGAGGGUGCCCUCCCCAGUCAACACGCCACCGGUGCCCGUGAGGACCGUCAGGAUCUCAGGUAACAGCAGCCAGCAUUCGGCCAAGAAAGCUUCCAGCAGCGAACGCGCGCCCGCUGUAGCCCCUCAGGGGUCGAUGCGGCUUAAACGGGUGACGCCCGGAAGCUUUCUUAGCGGUCCAGCCCGUCGCGGUUUCAGACGCCAGAGCGAAGAAGAGGCCGUCGCUCAGGGUGAGGGUAGCCCCGUCAGCAUAAAGGAGCCUGUCAGGGCUGUACUGCGCCAACUUGCUUCAACACCAGGGAGCCAGCAUCGGAAGCUGGACUUCAGCAACCACGCCCUCCAGGAGAAAGAAAACAACCCUCUAGGCGAAAAUAAGCCAUUCGGAGUGUCAGCCAACGUUCGUAGAGCACUGCAAUUUUCCGACGAGAACGUCGACAUAGAUGCUGUCAUCAGCAGCGUUCGGGCCGGAGAGAAGGCAUCCGAGUUCAGCGAUGCUAAGAUUGACAUGGCGAAAAUUCUUGCCGAUGUCCGGAGGGCGGCAGCUGAGAAAGAGGCGGCGGAGAAGGCUGCUGCCGAAAGGGCCGCUGCUGAGAAGGCGGCCGCAGAAAGGGCUGCUGCGGAAAGAGCCUCACCACCACCCAAAAUGACGGUUGUCGAGACUGCCACGGCGGCCGCUGGCGCCUCGGCUGCAGCACAAGCCAUGAAGAAGAAGCAAAUCCUACUGAGAGUCAAUAACAGAGCAUACGCUAAGAUCGACUGCAUCGGACGCGGCGGCUCUGGAAAGGUCUACCGAGUCUCGGCCGAGAGCGGUAAGAUGUUGGCCUUGAAACGGGUGCCCCUCGAAUUGGCCGACGAGAGGACGGUGGAGAAUUACAAGGGGGAGAUUGACCUCCUCAAACGACUGCAAGGAGUCGAUCGAGUCAUCCAGCUCAUCGACUACGAAUUAAACAUCGACAAGAAGGUGCUCAGCAUGGUGAUGGAAAUCGGAGAGCUCGACUUUCAAACCUUUCUCAGGAGUCGGCAGGGCUCGCCUGAGGGUGAGCGGAUGGAUCCAGUCUUUGUCCGUAACUGGUGGAAGGAGAUGGUCGAGUGCGUCCGGGCAGUACAUCGGAAGGACAUUGUGCACAGCGAUCUCAAGCCCGCCAAUUUUGUCAUUGUCCAGGGUCGUCUCAAGCUUAUCGACUUUGGCAUCGCAAACGCCCUUCAGACUGAUAUGACGGUCAACGUGCACCGUGAGCAUCAGAUCGGCACGCCCAACUACAUGUCUCCCGAAUCACUCCUGGACUCACACAUGUAUUCACUGUUGGCGGAGAAUCACGGAAACCUCGCGGCAGCGCUUCCACAAGCACAGGACCACAUCAAGAACAGGGGGAGGCUUAUGAAGCUUGGCAAGCCGAGCGAUGUGUGGAGCUUGGGGUGCAUUCUGUACCAAAUGGUCUACGGCCAUCCGCCCUUUGGCAAGAUCAAGAGCCAGCCGGCCCGCUGCCAGGCCAUCAUCAGCUGGGCGCACGAGAUCGACUUCUCAGAGAAAACUGAGCACGGCGUCCGCGUCCCGCCCAGCCUGAUCCGCACAAUGCGUCGAUGCCUCAACCGCGAGCAAAAGGAGCGCCCAACGUGCGACGAGCUGCUUGCAGAGACGGAUCCGUUCCUCUAUCCCCGGGAGUUUGAUGCCGGGGUGUACGCUGGGGCUGAGCAGGGCCUUGUGUUGCCCGUGACGGAGGAAGUGCUAGGGCAGAUAAUACAGAGUGUUGUCAGGAGGUGCAAGGCGAAAAUGCCCAGCAUGGAGGAGGUGGAAAGUGUCUGGGGGAAGGCGUACUUUUCCGCUUUGAAGAAUAUGCAUUAAGGCCUGCUUAUGGGCAAUGUCUUGAUGUAUAUGCACUGGUUUGUGUUUGCUAAAAGGUUGUGAUCCUGGGCCAGCGUUGGAUAAUCUGGGGCGAGUACGGGAUUAGUGAAUUUUGUUAGAUACCCCGAUGUUAGAGUGUACUGGAAAGCUUGUUUGGUGUCGUCCACGUCUCUUUUCCCUGGCCAAGGAGACUUGUGGUACCGGUUGUCAGUUCUUAUACUUGUAUCGGUUUGAAUCAAAUGACAAGCGCCUUUCUUUUUUUCUCUUUGAAUAGAACCUGUCCCUAUUAAUUGGU